AUGGAGCAAUACUCAAGGUUGUGGGAGUAUUGUGAUGAGGUGAAAGCAACAAAUGUGGGAAGCACAAUGAAGAUAAGGGUGGAGCCUCCUCCACAUUUGCAGAGACUUUAUGUAUGCCUUGAUGCAUGCAAAAAGGAUUUCUGGCUGGUUGCAGACCCAUCAUUGGAGUGGAUGGAUGUCAUUUGA